UUCAUAAUAACGACAGCCCGAAAAUGGCUGUGUUCGUACUGAGCGUGAAAGGAAAGAUUCAGCCGCAUUGACUAUCUGGUAAUUUCAUUAGCUGUCGCUCGCAAUGUACGGCAUGGUCAUCCAGUCCAUGGCGGCAUGUCUACAGCAAACUUAUGGCGAUGUGCUGUAUCAAACGAUCAUCGAAUGUGCCGGUAUUCCGGUGACUUCCUUCAAUACACACGAAGUGUACCCGGAUAAAUAUGUGUGGGCUCUGGUACAAACCGCCACCGAGGUGUUGGAGGAGAAUAAAGAACCGGAAUAUUAUUUGGAGAUUUUCGGGAGGAUGUUCGUCUUGCAUUGCCAUACAUAUGGACAUGACAAGAUUCUUCGCGUGUCUGGCCGCCAUUUUCGGGAUUUAAUUCGCAACAUGAACCAUCUUCAUCACUGCAUGCGCUAUAGUUAUCCCCGAAUGACCCAUCCAUCUUUUGUGGUUGUCGCUGAGGAUGUGUCCGGUAUGGUUCUCCAUUAUGAGUCGAUACGGCAAGGCUUUGCUCCUUACGUUACCGGUCAGCUGAAAGAACUAGCCACUAACAGCAAAUUCUUCAACAAAUCGUAUUUCAAUGUCUGUGUGAUGGAAGAGCGGGAGCUGUUACAGCGUGGAUCUUAUCUGACAGUAAUGCGGUUAGAUUUUCCUAAUAAUGGAUAUGUGGGCUCAGUGACCGGAUACAAUCACCACCUGACACCCCGGUUCUCUGGCCUUAAAUCGCAGACGUUUUUCAAAAUCCUACCCUAUAGUUUGUAUUCUACAUUUGCAAGAUGUCGUCUAGAGCUGGAAUCAGUGCCUACUAUUCGCGUAGAAAAUCCUUACACCAAACAGAAUUUCCGGUCGCCUCAUCGACUCUUGCUCAAAGGACAAUUCAAACAAUUUUCCCCGCAAUGGGGCGUAUUCUUGAGCUCGACGCCAACAUUGAACGACCUAUCCGAUGUAGAGCGCAUCGGCUUUUAUUUGAGUGAUCUGCCUCUUCACAGCUGCUCCGCGGAGUUAGCCGCUAAGUGCUUGCCUUUUGUCUUGGUUUUUGUAGCCGUACGACGCCGUCACCAUUAUGUUCGUCCGAUUGUUUGCCUUCAACGUGGUUUGUUCAAAAUUCCGCCGACAGAAGUGAUCAAAGUUGUGAGUGAAUGCUGGAGUGCGCUGGACACGGUAACUUAUAGCUACGACGUGUUGAAAGUGGAAAACCGAGGUGAAGAGUACAUGGUAUGUCCUAGUGGCAUCCCAAACAGACAUGGCAACCAGCAUGCCAGUGAAACCGCCAGUCUUGCGCUGCAUAUAAUGCAGACGGUUAUGGACAUGGACUUUCCCCGAUUACCCGACCGAAAGCUGCAGAUCCGGAUCGGGAUUAAUUCCGGGCCUGUGGUUGGGGGUGUUGUUGGACUGCACUUGCCUCGAUUCUGCAGAUUUGGCGAUACUGUGAAUACGGCAUCGAGAAUGGAAUCAUCCGGCAUUCCUUUCCGGAUUCAAUGCAGUGAGAGAACACGAAACAAUCUCGUAACAACCGGGAACUUUGAGCUGAAGAUACGUGGGAUAAUGAAAAUCAAAGGAAAAGGUGAUAUGAGAGUGUACUGGCUCAUUAGUGAAUAUGGAUCGGAUUUCAGUAUUGAAACUGAAGACUAAACGCUGUUUUCGACUCUUUGUGGCGACUUUAACGCGAUACAAAAUUUGUUUGAAGCGUGCACUUUUUGCGCAGGCAACAGUGUUUCCCCAUAAAAAUGCAAUGAAG